UAUAAAACCAAUACCAUAAAUUUCUUUUAGUUCGUCCUCUCCUCAUCCUCAAAAUCAAUACAACAUGGCAUCCAAACAUCACCGGACUUACGAAGAUUUCGAACCUCCGGUCGAGCGGUCGGAAGAGGAUGGCUGCACCAUUCUCACCCUUUACAUCCCUGGUUUCAGUAAGGAGCAUAUUAAAGUUCAGGUAUCCUCGAAAGGAAAGUUGAGGGUUAGUGGGGAGCGGCCUUACAGGAACUCCAAGCACACAUGGCAGCGCUUCUACAAGGAGUUUGAAAUCCCAUCAAACUGCGACACCGCUAACAUUACUGCCAAAUACAAGGGUGGCAUCCUUCAUGUCCGCCAGCCAUUGUUGGACCACUCCAAGCUACACACACUCGAUCAACAAACCCCUGAACAACAGGCUAAAGACACUCUAGAUAAGCCAAAUUUGGAAGAAACAAAGCAAACUAAUUCGGUUGCUAAUGACAACGCACCCGAUACAGACGCUCCAAAUAUCAACAACAAGCCUACAAUUCCAAAAGGACGACGCUUGAAGGAGGUGAUUCAUGGAGUCUUCCUCAAUUUGGUUUUGCCUAUUUUGCUGACAGCUAUUUUAUUACUAUUUUGGUAUGCUAAGAGGCUGAGCCCCACCGUGUCUGCCAGAGUUGGAGAACCUCCACAAUGAUUCCUUCAAUAUUGGUGACGGGUGAUUUGAGAAACUCUACAACAAUAAAACAACACACUACAUAAUUUUUAACAAUAUAAUUUAUAAUGCGUCAACUAAUAAUAAGUUUCGGGCUAUGCCCUAAUUUACCAUAAGGUAGAAAAUCUCAGGUUGUUCAAAAAAUUAAUUCAUAGAAGAAAUAUAGCAAACUAAUCGUACCUCUCUUUAACAUUAACUUUUUAAUUAUUGUUUUUGAAUCCUAAGACACAUAAGUGUGACUCGAAAGAUGCGUGGUGAAACAUAUGUGUAAAGAUUACCUCUAAAUAUCUAAUUAGGAAAAAAAAAACCAAACUUUUUAAAUUAUUCUUUUUGUUAAUAACAAAUUAGGAUCGAUAGUUGACGACCAAUAAUAAUUAUAAAAGAAUUGAUCAAAACUCAAACACCCAAAUGAAACCAAACUUAAACCUCUAAAACAUGCGUGUUUUCCCAUAAUUAAGUUUAUACAUUGGGAUAAUGUAAAUGGACAAAAUUGUAAGUUCUUAAAAUUGGGUAAAAAUAUUUCAUAAAGCCUUGUCUACCUUAUGGAAAUAAUUAUGAAAUAAAAAGUACACAAAUUAGCAAGUCUACAUUGAUUGAAAUAAACUUAAACAAAACAAAACAAAAAAAACAUAUUUCAAUUUUCCUAAAAUAAAAUAUUAACA